GGCUAGGGUUUGGGCUGCUGAGAAGAUCUCUGAAACCGAGGAGUGCGGCGGCGGACUUCGGGAGAGAAGAAGAGGGCGCAGUGUUUCUCACCACCGCCGGCCAACAUGGGUAUCUCGCGAGACUCCAUGCACAAGAGGCGGGCCACCGGAGGGAAGAAGAAGGCGUGGCGGAAGAAGAGAAAGUACGAGUUGGGAAGACAGCCUGCCAGUACGAAGCUUUCGAGCAACAAGACCGUGAGGAGGAUUCGAGUUCGAGGAGGCAACGUGAAGUGGAGGGCCCUCCGAUUGGAUCAUGGCAAUUACUCAUGGGGGAGCGAGGCAGUGACUCGCAAAACCCGUAUCCUUGAUGUGGUCUACAAUGCUUCAAACAACGAACUUGUGAGGACACAGACCCUUGUGAAGAGUGCCAUUAUUCAGGUUGAUGCUGCCCCAUUCAAGCAGUGGUACCUUCAGCACUAUGGUGUUGAGAUUGGUAGGAAGAAGAAAGCCCCUUCUGCUAAGAAGGAAGCAACAGAGGAGGGUGAAGCUGCCACAGAGGAAGAAAAGAAAAGUAACCAUGUAACCAGGAAGCUGGAGAAGCGUCAGCAGGGUCGAAAACUGGACCCCCACAUUGAGGAGCAGUUUGGUAGUGGAAGAUUGUUGGCUUCUAUCUCUUCCCGCCCUGGUCAGUGUGGCAGAGCAGAUGGAUACAUAUUGGAAGGAAAAGAGCUGGAAUUCUACAUGAAGAAGAUCCAGAGGAAGAAGGGCAAAGGUGCAGGAGCAGCAGCUUAAGUGACCUCAAUCAUUUCCUUUUAUCAGUUGGUUUGCAUCAGCUUAAUGAAUCUUGGUGGUUUCUUCUUGAAGUCAACGCUUGACUAAUGUUUUGCUCAUUUAAGAUAUCGGACAGCUUUGUUUGUAGGCUACAAGAUAUUUGAACAUUUUGCAUUAUGUUAUGUCCCCAAAUGGUCAAUUUUUCUACCUAGAUCUAUCAUUAAAUAAGAAAUUCCUUGAUUAAAACAGUCAA